UACUGUCUUUGCUGCUUUGAUGAUGUAAAUUCCCCCCACUGCGGGACUAAUGAAGGAUUGUCUUAUCUUAUUUUUUGCUUUUCAAGCAACGAAUACCACAUAUAAAUUGAUUGAGCUGAUUUUGUUGGGGGGAAAAUGUAGACAACUGUGUUACCUGUCGUUGUUUUGAAAUGCUCAAGUAUUGCCUGGCGUUGUCAGAGGUUAACGUGGAGGUUAUCGGGCUUCGGUAUGCAUGUUGUAUGCAUCAGUUAUUCAUUAGCCUCCGACAGGUUGUUAGGACAUUACGACACUCGUGUUAUUGUGAGGCUCCGCUAUUAGACUAGUUUACAUCACAUCUGGGUUUUGUUUCCGUCGCCGUGUAUGAUGCGCUUGUUUCUCUGCAUGGCACACUGACCACUUUGAAGUGGACCAAUCGUCUUUCACCUGAUUGGUCCGCUUUGUUUGCUCGCGACUUGUGGAUGUUUUACUGAGCCUGAGGACAGGUGCUACUCCUCUCACUGGAACCAAUCACAGGCAGGGUCAGAGGUCAACACUAUAUCAGCCGCGCAGCCAGACAAACUCUCAGAUAUCAAACAGGAGCGGUGAGCGGACAAGAGGUUUUAUCAGAGAGCAAAUUUGAAGACUUUUUUCCUUUAGUCAUGGCACCAAUUUUACUUAACUGUAUGGGGAAUGACCACAAUGAGUAUAUUAAACAACAUGUCCAAGUGAAAAAUCCCUACUUGCAAACCAUGGAAGAGGACAUUCUCUACCACUUCAGCUUGAGCACCAAGACUCACAACCUUCCAGAAAUGUUUGGAGACAUUAAGUUUGUGUGUGUUGGUGGCAGUGCGAACCGCAUGAAGGCUUUCGCCCAGUUCAUCCACCAGGAGCUGCAGCUCCCUGGAAACCCGGAGGAAGUCAAAGACAUCUGUGAAGGAACGGAUCGCUACUGCAUGUACAAAGUGGGACCCGUGCUGUCUAUAAGUCACGGCAUGGGUGUCCCAUCUAUCUCCAUUAUGCUGCAUGAGCUCAUCAAACUGCUGCACCAUGCCCACUGCCACGAUGUGGUCCUCUUUCGCCUUGGAACAUCCGGUGGAGUCGGUCUGCCUCCAGGGACAGUGGUGAUCACAGAUAAAGCAGUGGAUUAUUCCUUCCGCCCCCAGUUUGAGCAGGUGGUUCUGGGUAAGGUGAUCACCAGGAGUACCGAGUUGGAUGAGGGAGUGGCCAGCGAGCUUCUGCAGUGCUCCUUGGAGCUCCAAAACGUCCCAUCGGUGAUCGGAAACACCAUGUGCACCCAUGACUUCUACGAAGGUCAAGGCAGACUGGACGGGGCGCUCUGCUCCUUCUCUCAUGAAGAGAAACUGGAAUAUCUGAGGAAAGCGUACGAGGCCGGAGUGAGGAAUAUCGAAAUGGAGUCCACCGUAUUUGCCGCCAUGUGCCGCGUCUGUGGCCUCAAGGCGGCCGUCAUCUGUGUCACACUACUGAACCGCUUUGAGGGAGACCAGAUCACUUCCUCCCAUGACGUGCUGGUGGAUUACCAGCAGAGGCCUCAAGUCUUAGUGUCACACUUUAUCAAGAAACGCCUGGGACAUAUUGUCUAAGGCAAAUGUAUCUCCCAUCCCAGAAAAGAUGUAUAUACUGUAGCUUUGACUCACAUGUGGAUAUGUGUGUAUAAAUACUGUACUUUACCUGUUAAUAUGUGUAUUGGACACCUAUUUAAUAAGUUGUUACAAUUUCCAUGAUUUCUUCCAUGAGCUAAAAUAAGUUAAUAUUUAAAAUAAAAAAAACAUAUAUAUGAAUGUUGCUGUUAUAUAUGUAUAUUUGUUGGAUGUUUUAAUAUGUACUAAAUAUAUACUCUGGUGCUAAUGUAUAGUGAUUUUUAAAAAUAAUGUGUCGUGUAUGUUGAUUUGAACUUCUGUUUUUAACUAGGGAAAAGAAAAUGAAAAAGUCUUUCCGUCAGCACGUCUUUAUAUAAAUGUUCACUUUGUUAGCGACAGCCACAAAUCUCACACACAGAAUUAAAAUCAACUCAUCGAGAAUAGUAACGUAGGCUGCUGUAUUCCCAUCAUAAAGGUUAGUUAAAGUUUGUAUGCUUAUUGGACGGGACGCAAGACGGUAAAAGACAGUCAUCGAGACGUGAGUGUGUCAGUAAAUGCUCACCACAGUCAAGUGUCUUCUGUACAAGUUUGUCUAUGCAAAUAUGAACUUUCUGAACAUUAUAUCAAGAGAAAAAAUGUGCUGGUGAUAAAUGUGCAGAAAAGUCAUUUUCUCCGUUAAAUGUACAUGUUUGUUAUAUGUGAAAGCAAAUGUAUGAUACUGUAUUUCUAAUAUGUAUAUAACCUUCAAUAAAAGUAAAAAAAAAAAAAAGGUAA